GGUAGAUUACCAAGGAGAACGCAGACAGUUGUGCUGUCGACCUACAUGUAGCUCUACAGAGAGACCUUGAAAAAGCAACGUUUCCAGCCAAGACGAACCACAUCCAAAAGGCUAAACAGGGAAGUGUAAUUCAUAAAACCACCAAGAAGAGGCCCAGAGGAGGCUGUAAAAGCAGAAGUGAAGCAUCCAGACAUGCCCAGAGGCCUCAGCUGCCUGGCGAGCCCUGAGGGGGCAGACGGCAGGUAUGAGACCCCCCUGGCUUCAGAGCUCCACAGGCUGAUGUGGACAAAGAAAGGGACCAGCAACCAUCUGGAUGAGGUUCAGCCCAGGAUCUACAUUGGAGACAUGUAUGCAGCCAAAGACAAGAGGACUCUCCAAGCUCACCACAUCACCCAUGUACUUAAUGCUGCUGAUGGGAAGUUCAAUGUGAACACAGGGCAAAGCUUCUACAGAGACACCAAAAUCACUUAUCAUGGAGUGGAAGCUUUUGACAUGCCGUCCUUUAACUUGAGUCCCUUCUUUUACCCAGCUGCCAAUUUUAUCAAGAGCGCUUUGAGCUCGCCCACAGGUAAAGUCUUUGUCCACUGUGCGAUGGGUCUCAGCCGCUCAUCCACAUUGGUCCUGGCCUAUCUGAUGAUCCAUGAGAACAUGACACUGGUGGAUGCAAUUAAAGCUGUCAGCGCCAACAGAAACAUCUCACCUAAUGACGGCUUCCUGGAGCAGCUCAGAGAGCUGGACAAAAAGCUGCACUGCCAAGGAUCAUUGAGAAGCUGGAGCGCGAAGUGGGCGGACUUGAGAUAAAAUCAGUCCAUGAUAUUGGAUCACCAUGUCGCCUCCUGUCAGUAUUUGAGUUUGAAGUUGCUUUUAACUAAAAGAUACGUAAGAAGGUGUUUUAAUUUAGUUGUAAGAUGAAUUCCAUUUUUUGUGAAUAAUUCUAAGUAUCCUGUACUACAUUAAAAGAUAAACCUGUAACUUCUUAUUUUUAUUGUUAUAAACACACACUGCUCUGACCAAAAUUGAUAAUGAAUUUAUCAGUCACUGUCUACAUAUCUCAAUUAUCAUCCACAAAUGAAUAAAAACACAUUAAAGAGCCA